CUCUCUGUCUGGCUUCUCCCACCAUCAUUCCACUUACUGUACACAAAGGCCCUUUUUGUGUAGAGGAUCAUCAGACUCACAUGGUUUAGAGCGAGAGAUCGCAGGACAGUUUUCACAGGAGGACAGAACAGAGGAGUUCCUUGAACGCUAAAACUACACAACCCUGUUUGUGGACUAGGUAGGUGGGCACAGGAACCUUGGAAAACAGCAAGACGGAAGAACAAGACCAGGAAAUGGAGGAGGCCAACCUAGAGAUUGCUCAGCUGCAGUCCUUGAUGGCGGAGCUGCAUACGGGGCUGCAGGGGGUGUUACAGGACGUGGCUGCGCUGCAGCAGAGAAACAGCAGUCUGGAAGAGAGGGCUCAGACACACCAGAGAGACCUGGAUGACAGGAUCAUGGGAAUCAGGAACUACCUCAACACAUUUAAGGAGGACCUGAGCAGUGCUCUAACCCAGAUCAAAGAGGUUAGCAGCAGACAGAAAGAGCUACAGAAAGGCCUGGAGCUCCUCCAAUCAGAGACCGGCAGAGAGAUCCGGCCCGUUCAACAGAGAAAAAGCUCCAAAGGGGACUGCCCUGGGGAGGGCCAUGCGCGUCUCUCCAACCAGACAGAGCUCAACGUCAUCCAGCAUUACUUUGCCAGCCUGCCCAGCAGCUCUCCACACAGGAGCAUAGCCUCGACACAGACCUCUAACUCAGAGCAGGAGGCAGCCAGUGGCCAGCCCCAGAGGGGUCAGUCUAAGUCUCCAGUGUGGAGAGAAUGGAAAGAGAGCCGGGACGACACGGAUGCACAGAGCGCCCCAGAAAACAGUAAGAGGCAGGUGGCUGCCCUAGAGCUGUUGGAGUCAGAGAGGGUGUAUGUGUCCUACCUGUCUCUCCUGCUGAAAGCCAACAUCACCUUCAACAGCUCAGAGGCCCUCCACACCAAAGCCAAACGGCCAUUCCCCAGCUCUCUACGUUUCCUCAUCCAGCAACACCUGGAGCUGCUCCACACCCUGCAGGAGAGGGUGCUCAAGUGCCAGUGGCAGGGCAUCAUGGGAGAUGUAUUCAUGAGGCUCACCAGCAAAGAGAGUGAUUUCCUGGACUUCUACGUGUCAUAUCUGAAGGAGCUGCCUGAAUGUCUGUCUGUGGUCAGCAUGUUGACCACCACCUCACUAAAAGCAGCCGGCCUUUUUGAGGGUGACAUCAUCGGGGACGAGACACGCCCCUCUCUCUACACUCUGCUUCUCCAGCCAGUACAAAGGAUCCCUGUGUACCUUCAGCUGCUGCAGACCCUGUUGAAGCAGACGGAUGCAGAGCACCCUGACUACUACCUGCUGCUGGUGUGUAUCCAGCAGUUCAGAGCCUUCACCACCCAAUACGCCCACCUACUGCAGCACAGCGAAGAGCUGCUCCUGCACAACCGCAAAGAGCUCAAGAGGUCAGCUUCUGAUCCAGGCUCAGAUUUGGUGUUUUGGUCAACUAUGAAGCAGUUCUUCAAAAACGUGGACUGUGGUAACAUUAUGCAAGCCAAUGAGAUGGGCUCCCCUUACUCCACCAGCAAUGCAAUACUAGAGCAUGCCAACCAGGUGAAACGCAGCAAGCAGAGGCUCCUGGAGCAGAUCCAGUCUAGACACUUCCAGGACUGGGAGAGCGAGGCCCAUCACUCCGACUCCCCCAUCCCAUUUUUCUCCCCUGACACCAACCCUCGCCUCAAACCCCCAGGCCUGCAGUGUAUCCCUGAGAUGGGGUCAUCAGAGCAGCUGCCCGGCAAACGGCUGCCCCCGGGCUCAGCCCUGUCCGAUGCCCAAGGGGAGUUCUUUCUCUCUGGGGACCCUCCAGGCUUGGAGGGGCUGUAUGAGGAUGCGGACUCGUCUCUCCACAACGUGUCCAUGUUCGACCACUACUCCAGCGCUUCCUCCGACUCUAGUAUCGACAUCGCCUUUGUGCGCUGCCCUAAGAGCCACCAAGCUGUCCGUGAGGUCUACAACAGCGGGGGCAGCCGGGGGAGCAGGUACAAGCAGCUGCCUGGCCGGGGAUGCGUGUCGCCAGACGAGGCCCGAAUGAUGCAAGCUCACCACCACCGCCCCCUGCAGGCCGCUCAGCGUAAGAGCAAGUCCUUGAACGGGUUACAGCUGGACAGCACUGUGAGUGGGGACAGUGGCCCUGGACAUCUGUCUGACCACCUGAGGGGCCAAGGGGCCCACCAACACGCCAAGCUGGAGAGGCAAUCUAGUAAUAAAUAUCACCCACGCAGCAGCAAGGGCCAGAGCAGCAACAACAACCCCAUCAGCCCCCCGCAGCACAGAGCAGAGCCAGAGAGACAGAUAGCAUCCACUGACGAGGAGCUGCAUAACAACAAGGACUCUGGGAUCCCACCCUGGGGGGAGGAGCCAAAAUGGAAGGCUGAGGGGAAUAACCACACCCCCUUCAGUGAGAGGAGCCGGAAACAGGAGAAGGGAGGCUUCCGUAGUUCCUUCAAGAAGCUCUUCAAGAAAAAGUCAGGUGGAGGAGACAAGGACAAGGACAAAGAUAAGACAGAAAGCCAGAACUCCAGUGACCAGGAGGCAGGCAAGACCCCAAGAGUCGCCCACCUAGGCAUCGAACGUGGGACUGCCGUGUGAAAAGUGUGACUAGAGCGUCACCAGCAGAGAAACACAUUGCUCUGAGAAAGGCUUCAAAUAGGUGCCUUGAUAACACACACACACACACUUCUCAGUGAAAUUAUAGGGUAUAUAGACGCACGUACUGAGUGUACAAAACAUUUGGAACACCUGCACUUUCCAUGACAGACUGAGCAGGUGAAAGCUAUGAUC